GGCCCGAAUCCCAUAUUCUCGGUAUAAGUCGAAGGUGUAUAUAAAAGGGAUCGGAGUAGCUGACUUGUCUUGGCACACAUUUGCAUCUUAGCUUUAUACUUAUCGACCUACCUCUCAUUUAUCACCUACUUAUUUACCUUCAUAGGUAUUUAAGUCUUACAUACUUACCUGUCACCCUUAUUCCAUCUUCCAAAAAUAGAAUCAUCAUCAUGGCAGACACCACCACCACCACCACCACCACAAAAUACACCAACCGCGACAUCCCCCGUAUCUCCCUCCGGGACUUCGACACCCGCAUCGACACCAUCACAGCAUCCCUAAUCUCCGCCGCCGAAAGCAACGGGUUCUUCACCCUCACCGACCACGGGAUCCCCGAGUCCGCCAUAGAAGCGCAAUUCGCCCUCUCCGAGGCCUUCUUCUCGCUCCCGGACGCCGCCAAAUCCGCCGUGCCCUUCUCCCCCCUCACCAACACCGGCUGGGAGCGCGCCGCCCAAGUCCGGCCGAGCACCGGCCUCCCCGACCAGAAGGAGAGUUUCCAGAUGCAGCACGGCAUGGCAGCGACUUCCUGGCCGUCCGAGUCCGCGCUCCCUGGGUUCCGCGCCCGGAGCCUGGAGUUCAUGCGCAGGGCGCAGGAGGUAAGCGAGAAGCUGAUGGUGUGUUUUGCGCGGGGGCUCGGGUUCGCGGACGAGUACUUUGUGCGCGCGCACGAUGUGAGGCGGUCGGGCGCGCAGACGGUGUUGAGAUUGCUCAAGUACUUUGCGCUGGACCCCGGGGCGCCGACACCGGAAGGGUAUCACCGCGCGGGCGCGCAUGCGGAUUGGGAUUUUGUGACGUUGCUCUUCCAGCGGCCUGGGCAGGGGGGGUUAGAGAUAUGUCCGGGGCGCGAAGCAUUUACAGAGUUCGGUCUGGGGGACACGUGGACGCCGGUUGAGCCUGUAGCGGGCGAGAUUGUGUGUAAUAUCGGUGACCUCUUGAUGAGUUGGAGCGACGACCGCUUCAAAUCGACGUUCCACCGCGUCAAGACGCCCACAGACCCACGAGUCGAUUACUACGGUACGCGGUACAGCAUGGCGUAUUUCAACCAGCCGAACAUAGACUGCGAGAUCCAGGGCCCGUUGAAGAAGUACCCAAUUGUUACGGGAUCCGAGUUUACCAAGGCCGCUAUGAAGCGCAAUUACGAAGCUCUACAGGCGACAAAGGCGGCAAUGGUAGAUAGUACUGCGUGAGAAGCUGGUUUUUCGUCUUAUUGUACAUGGUUCAGAGAUAGCAAUAACAUUAAAGCGUUUUUAUAUAUUACAUUAUGG